AUGGAGAGAGGAGGAGAGGAAGGAGAAAGGGAGAGUGCAGGAGAAAAGAAAGAAGAAGAAGAAGUUGUGGAAGAGGCUGCCCUCUUUCUUCAGAGCUGCCAUAAAACAGCCUCCAGAGAGCAGCUCAGGUCAGGGAGAGACAACAAACCCCUAUUUGAAAUACCACCUUCAUCUAUUGACGAAAAAAAACUGUUUGUCUUCUUGCUUGAUCAUCUAAACCCCCUUCCGAAAGAGAUCACCCUCACCCUCCUGGUGAAUAAAGGUCUCAGCGUGCCAGAGAUCAUCAGGCUGCUGGACUGGCAGAACCACCCUGACCACUUUGUUAUGGUCCUUGAAUGUCCCUCUCCCUGUGAGGAUCUGGUACAGUUUAUGAGGCAUCACGGUGGAAGACUCGAUGAAGAAAAGGCAUGGCGUAUAAUGAGGCAGGCGGCUCACACUGCGAACAUGUGCUGCCUUCGUGAAGUGCUCCACCGUGAUAAACUGGACAAUCUGCUCAUUAACAGCGAGACAUUUGAAGUCAAGCUGAUUGACUUCGGAUGUGGGGACAUCCUGAGGAGUUCGCCAUACAGGUCAUACUCUGGUAUGUAUUAUAUAAAUAAUUUAUAAUUGCUAAUGGAUACAGAAAUAAAAUCAUGUUGCAUUAAUGCAAACUUACACAGACAAAAUCUCUUUCCUCCAGGAACAACACGUUACUGUCCUCCAGAGUAUCAUGUGAGGGGAAUGUACUACGGCAGGCAGGCGACGGCAUGGUCACUAGGGAUUCUGAUGUUCGUGAUGUUGUGCGGACAUUUCCCUAGUGACUAUGAUCUGCUGCUACUGAAACGGAAGCUCUGGUCCAAACCUGGCCUGCCAACAGGUCAGAUCUUAAAUGAAUAAUUCUGAAUCAUACAAAACAUCUUAACAUGAUCAAAUAGAGCAGAAGUAAAGUUUAAAGGUGCCAUUGAACGUUUUUUUACAAGAUGUAAUAUAAGUCUAAGGUGUCCCCUG